AUGGAAGCAUCAGAGACCCAGGAACUUUUCACACAUUUAUCGAAAUGUAAACAUUUAAUGAACAGAACGCCACAUAAUCUUCAGCAAUUGAAUGAAUUUUGCCUCGAGUUUUUGAGACUUUCAGAGGGUCUACAGAGAUUCCUAUUGAAAAAUAAUAAUGGGCAACGUUAUGAUCAAAUCGACAUCAUAUAUCUGUGUUUGACCCAAAUUGUAACCUGCAUAAGGAAUAUGGAACGUGCAAUUAAAACAGAAGCCAGUCAUGGAAUUCCAAUACAGGCUGGAAAGGAACAUUUUAUAGAUCGCAUACAUUGGUGUUUGGAUCGUUUACGUUCCUGUAUUGCAAUAUUGAAAUCUGCUAGUGAGGCAGAUGAAUCUGGGGUCCAUGAAGAAAACACUUUUGUAGAUCUCAUGGAUAUGGUAUUGGAUCAAUUGGCUCCCUAUACAAGUUAUAAAGAUGAAAAUGCCUCGGGAAGUGAGAAAAAUUUGAUGGUGGAUGAAGAAAAUCAAAAUCAAGCAAAAAUUGCUAGCCAACAAAUCCGUUCCAAUAUUGAUAUGAUUUUAAGUCAUACUUUGGCAUUUGCUAAUGUUGCCCUGAAACAGGAUAAAAAGGCUUUGAGUGCCUUGUGUCAGAAGGUUAUACGGGAAUGUAUGGCAUUUCAAGAGGAAUGUACAAUGGCUACGCCGGUGAAUGAUAGUAAUCGUAAAAUCAAAGGUAUAUCAUUGGAAAAUGCUCUCUAUCAGCUGGAGGAUUACAUAAAUGAGGCGCUGUUGCGUUUGGUGUUUACAUGCUUUUUGGAUUAUGACAAACUGUCGGUGGAGCGGUUGAGAAAGGAAAUCAAAGAAAAGCGUAUUGAUGAUACACAAUUGGAUGAAUUAAUUGCUGAUUUUGAUGUCAACAUAGAUCGCACCACACAGAUUGGCAUGUUUGCUAUUGCCUUUGCGGCGAAUUCAAAGAUCAAAACGGUGGUACGCAGCUGUUUGGCCUCAUUUGAAUCCUUGGACUCUUGCAUUAUACCUUCGCUCCAGAGUAAAGUCAAUUCCAAUAUGUAUGCCCAUAUCUUGGAACAACAUUUCAAUGAUGAAGUCAGAAAUUUCAAACAAGCUAUACAGGAAAUUAUCGAUAGCUAUGCAUUCACCUCCUGCUAUUAUGAUCUGCUUAAUCAAGCUAUAAAGUCGUGCGAUAAACAAUAUAGCAAACAAGCACUUGAGGACAUUGCGCAAAUGGGAAAAUUCCUAUAUGAACAUUUUCAAAUAAUUGUCAAUCAAAAGGAAUUACAAAAAUAUGGUGAUCGUUUGGAAUUGUAUAAGAAAUUCACUGUAAUGCUGCACGAGUGUCAGGCCAUAUUGAAAUAUUCCGAUAGGGAGCAGAUUGAUGUGCAGCGUAUAUUAAAACGUUUUAAAAUAUUACGUUCAAUUUUACGUAAAUUUAUGGAUGAACUUGGUGGCAAAUCAUCCUUGGAUGGUGGUAAUCCAUUGAGUGCCACCAAAUCGCAAGUAUUUCUAAUGUCCGAUGAGUUAAGUGAAUCCCAGCAAAUGUUUGCAUCGAUUGGUAUAUCACCCAGUAUAUGUAGUAUAUUGUAUAGUAAUACUCCCGUGGAAAAGAAACGGGCACAGAAAUUGGCCAGUGAUUCCAUGAAAGGUAAUUAUUCGAAAAUACCAGUGACACCUUUAAAGGAAAAAGCCGUUUUAAAUAAUUCGUCCCCAAAACCAUCCAUAAAAUAUCCACCCAAUGCGGCAGUAGCAACAGCUCAAGUAAAUCGUUUUAAUGUACGAAGGAAGGAAAGUCUGCGUAAGGCCAUGUUUAAGAAACAUACAACAACAACAUGUGAUAAUGAUGAAAUAUAUGGAAUCUAUAAUAAAAAUAACUCUGGAAGUCUACAAAUAAGUGAAAUUCUCGAUGAUCUAAAUGAUUUUAGAAGUCAUUCGGCGGAGAAUAUGCUCGACACAAGUAUUAUUUAA